AUGCCUUCUCAGCUUGAAGACCUUCGCAAGGCGAGCAAGAUCAGCUGUGACACGCUUGACGUCCAAGUGGCCAAAGGGCUCGGUCCCUUCGUGGAUGUCACUUCCAAUCAGGCUAUCGCUGCAGGGGAGCUCGCUCGCACUGCGCCUGAUGGUACCCUCAUUCACGAACAGCUCAUCCGGCAAUCUGCACGAGAUGCUCUGGCGUGGCUGCCCUCGGCUGUUCCUGGAGGUGACCCGGUUACAUUCGCGGUCGAGAUCAUGAUGGUUCGGCUCUCCAUUCAAUUCGCACCCUAUGUGACUGGUUUCCUCCACAUCCAAACGAACCCAUAUUGGGCGUACUCGACCAAAAAAACAUACAGAAACGCAAGACGUAUUGUUGACAUCUUUUCCCGGGUCGAUCCGACGUUCGAUACAAAGAGGGUUUGUGUUAAGAUUCCUGGCACCUUCGAAGGUAUUGGGGCCUGUCGCAUCCUUGAGAACGACGAUAUCCCGGCGAACCGUGUCGCAACCCUGGCCACCACCCUCUUCUGCAUGGAACAGGCCGUUUUGGCCGCCAAUGCACGGUGCACCUACAUUGCCCCCUACGUCAACGAACUCAAGGUCCAUUUUGAGCCUGGUUAUGUUGAUCAAAACAAGGCUUUCGAUUUCACGCGCCAAGUACAGCAUCACUAUGCCGAAACCUCAGCGCGAACGCAGGUCCUUGCAGCUAGCUUGACGUCCACAGCGGAGGUUUUGCAGUUGGCCGGCAUCCACCACAUUACCGUGUCACCGCCUCUCCUCCGUGGUCUUUCAGACAGCUCACUUCCAAGUGAGCAUGGUAAGCUCGGUGCCUACUUUGCAGCUGGGCCGGAAUCAAAGUUCGACAGGAAAGCAUUCGACGCUUUAUAUAGGGGAAGGGAAAGUGCAUAUCGCACUUUGUUCACCAGAAGCGGGCAUGGAUCGGCUGAAGUGAAGCUUAACCAAGCCAUCAAUAUAUUUUGCGACAAGCAGGAUGAGCUCGAAGAGGUUGCUCGUCGGGCUCUAGACGACGCCAUGGCGAAACUGUUUACCCAGCGCCUGGGACCAUACCAAGCCCACGUUGGCGCCGCACCGUUGAGCAAGACAUGGGUCGCUGAGACGGACUUCCUGGGCUCGCUUGCCGACAAUGCUCGUGUCAUGCUCUACACCUACAACGCUGACCUGGCUGCCAACAUGAAUGCAGCCAGCAUCGCCAUGCAUGCCACCGAACUCAUAGGCCUCAUCAACAGCUGCUGCAGCGACACUGGAGGAGGUCCGUUCAUAUUCGUAGCCCAUGGCUUUGGUGGGCUCAUCAUCAAAAAGGUGGCUCUCGCGCUAUGUCUUCUGAACCCAAGCUUCCCAAAUCAUAAGUCGAUCAGGGCAACUGCAGCCGGAAUCAUUUUCUUGGGGACGCCACACAUCAUAGACUCUGAGCCUCUGUUGACCUGCGUCAAAACCACUGUUCUUCUGCAUGCCCGGCAGUCAUCCCGUAUCACGACCAACGAAAUCAAGGAGUACGUUGAGUCGGCCAAAGCGAUCAACCUCAGUUUCACUUCCGGUUUGACCAGAGAACUUGAGAUUGUCAACUUUACUGAGGGUAUUACGACCAACAUCGCGCCCGAUGACGAGCCCGCCUACAUGACAAAUAUCAUCCCGAAAGCCAGUUCUGCCCUGGGAAUGGGCCAAGGUAUCACCGAAAUCAUGGAGUGCACCCAUGAACAAAUGACGAAUUUUGCAUCCCCGACCAGCCACGUUACCAUUACUACCGACGCCCAAAUCACCCCGCCCAAAGUCGCCGCCAUCGACACUGCCUGGAUCGAGGCCGACAAGCCCUGCGCGCGCAAGUGA